CCCGAGCCCUCCCCCGGGCCUUUGUCCUGCCGCCGGGCCUUGCCCCCCCCCACCCCCCGCUGCCCGGCCUAGGCUGCACGGCGGCCGGCCCAGGCUCCUACGCGAGGCCGGGGAUCCGCGGCCUGCUCCGGCCCCUCCAUCCCCGCCCUCGGGGCUCGCCCCCUGGUUCUCCCCCCCUCCUCUCCGCCGCCACCCCUCCGCCCUUCUCGGUGCCCGGGAGGCCGCGGAGCCGCCCCUGGCCUCCCCCCUCCCGCCCGUGCCUCCGCCGCCGCAGCAGCAGCAGCAGCAGGUUCCCUCCCUCCUUCCUCCUCCUCCUCCUCCUCCUCCUGCCCCCGGCGGCGGGAGCCGAGCGGUGCCCGGGGAGCGCUCGGCCCGGGCAGGAGGGGAGAGGAGCGGCGGGGCGGCGGCAGGAGCAGCGGCAGCGCCAGCAGCAGAAAUGAUGGAAGAAUUGCAUAGCCUGGACCCACGAAGGCAGGAACUACUGGAGGCCAGGUUCACUGGAGUUGGUGUUGCUAAGGUUGGUGCUUCAAAUUCCCUCCCUACCCCCCCAAGUCUCCGUCCGUCAUGCUCCGCACUGGCAUUGGGUCCAUUAAAUAGUGAGUCUUCCAACCAGAGCCUGUGCAGCGUGGGUUCUCUCAGUGAUAAGGAAUUGGAGACUCCUGAGAAAAAACAGAAUGACCAGCGGAAUAGGAAAAGGAAAGCGGAAUCAUAUGAGACCAGCCAAGGAAAAGGCACUCCUAGAGGACAUAAAAUUAGCGAUUAUUUUGAGUUUGCUGGGGGAAGCGGCCCAGGAACCAGUCCUGGUAGAAGUGUGCCACCAGUAGCCAGAUCGUCACCGCAGCAUUCCUUAUCCAACCCCUUACCGCGGCGAGUGGAGCAGCCGCUGUAUGGGGUAGACGGCAGCACAGCAAAGGAGCCACAGGAGGAUCACUCUGCUCUGCCAACGCUGAUGUCGGUGAUGCUGGCGAAACAGCGGCUAGAGAAUGAGCAGCUGGCACAGAGGGGAGGUGGCCUCUGCUUUACUUUUGUCUCGGCCCAGCAAGGCAGCCCAUCUUCUACUGGAUCAGGGAACACUGAGCAUUCCUGCACUUCCCAAAAACAGAUUUCCAUCCAGCACAAACAGUCACAGUCGGACCUCACAAUGGAAAAAAUCUCUGCACUAGAAAACAGUAAGAACUCUGACUUGGAGAAAAAGGAGGGGAGGAUAGACGACUUACUAAGAGCCAACUGCGAUUUGAGACGGCAGAUAGAUGAACAACAAAAGAUGCUGGAGAAGUACAAGGAGCGGUUGAAUAGAUGUGUAACGAUGAGCAAGAAGCUCCUUAUAGAAAAGUCAAAGCAGGAGAAGAUGGCAUGCAGAGAUAAGAGCAUGCAGGAUCGAUUGAGGCUAGGUCACUUCACUACGGUGCGGCAUGGGGCGUCUUUCACCGAGCAGUGGACAGAUGGCUAUGCCUUCCAGAACCUUAUCAAGCAACAGGAAAGGAUAAAUUCCCAGCGGGAAGAAAUAGAAAGACAGCGAAAAAUGUUAGCAAAACGGAAGCCACCUGCGAUGGGACAGACCCCUCCAGCAAGCAAUGAGCAGAAGCAGCGCAAGAACAAGACCAACGGAGCAGAAAAUGAAACGUUGACGUUAGCAGAAUACCAUGAACAGGAAGAAAUCUUCAAACUCCGGCUAGGUCACCUUAAAAAGGAAGAAGCAGAGAUCCAGGCAGAGCUGGAACGGCUAGAGAGGGUUAGAAAUCUACAUAUCAGGGAAUUGAAAAGGAUACACAAUGAAGAUAAUUCACAAUUUAAAGACCAUCCAACGCUAAAUGAUAGAUACUUGUUGCUACAUCUUCUGGGUAGAGGCGGCUUCAGUGAAGUAUAUAAGGCAUUUGAUUUAACAGAACAGAGAUACGUAGCUGUGAAAAUACACCAGUUAAAUAAAAACUGGAGAGAUGAGAAGAAAGAAAACUAUCACAAACAUGCGUGUAGAGAGUACAGAAUUCACAAAGAACUGGACCAUCCUCGAAUAGUUAAGCUAUAUGACUACUUUUCGCUGGAUACUGACUCGUUUUGUACAGUGUUAGAAUACUGUGAGGGAAAUGAUCUGGACUUCUACCUGAAACAGCACAAGUUAAUGUCGGAGAAGGAGGCACGAUCCAUUAUCAUGCAGAUUGUGAAUGCUUUAAAAUACUUAAAUGAAAUCAAACCUCCCAUCAUACACUAUGACCUUAAACCAGGUAACAUCCUUCUAGUCAAUGGUACUGCAUGUGGAGAGAUAAAAAUCACCGAUUUUGGCCUUUCCAAAAUCAUGGAUGAUGACAGCUACAACUCUGUUGAUGGCAUGGAACUGACAUCGCAGGGGGCUGGUACUUACUGGUACUUGCCACCAGAAUGUUUUGUAGUUGGGAAAGAACCUCCAAAGAUUUCAAAUAAAGUUGAUGUCUGGUCAGUAGGAGUUAUCUUCUAUCAGUGUCUCUAUGGCAGAAAGCCCUUUGGCCACAACCAGUCACAACAAGACAUUCUGCAGGAGAACACGAUCCUGAAAGCUACCGAGGUGCAGUUCCCUCCAAAGCCAGUAGUCACGCCAGAAGCAAAGGCAUUUAUCAGACGCUGUUUGGCCUACCGAAAGGAGGAUCGGAUAGAUGUCCAGCAGCUGGCCUGUGACCCAUACUUGCUGCCUCACAUCCGCAAAUCUGUAUCCACAAGCAGCCCAGCUGGAGCUGCGAUUGCAUCAACCUCUGGAUCAUCCAAUAACAGCUCUUCAAACUGAGACAGAGUAAUAGGCCAAAAACUGCUUGAGAAACCGGCAAAGACUUUCAGAAACAGCUUUGGAAUAGAGGAAUCCGCACGGGUCUUGAGAAACCUGUACCAGGUGCUUUUUUUUCUCUUGCUUUUUUCCAUCCAUAGAGCAUGACAUCAACUUUCAUCAAGAAAACCUUCGGCAUCUAGGCCAAGCCAUGUGCAUAGGAGAUGGCUUGAGGUUUGUCCAGUAAACAACUGCGAAGGGUGGCUGCUCUGAGCAAGGAGGGGAAACUCAAGAAAAUUCAAAAGACAUGGUUUCAUGUACUGUGAACUUCUGAACAUGCAGCCUUGGAGAAUCCAGGACGCCGUGUGUGCUUCAUAUGAAGAAUGUGGACUUUGGAAAAAGACUGGCCUAGUCCAGUGUUGAUAUUUAAACAUUGUUCUUUUUCUUUUAAUAAAGUUUAGGUAACAUCUCCUGAAAAGCUCGAAGCACCAAGGUUCAGCUGGGGAUGGUAUAUGACUCUUUGCCCUUUGGAGGGGAAAAAAGUUGAUCCUGCCUGUUCAUGGCACUAGAGUUAGUGUUUUACCCCUAAUUAAUUUCAGUUUUUUAAAAAUAACAAUUUUUUGGAAGAAAACAGUUUUCUGGUCUCAAAGUGAAACCCGUAUUAGCAGGUCCAUGGCAGUGUCCGUUCUGCAGAUGGUGCAGCUCUCUGCUCCCUUGGGGUGGCCUCUUACGAAUAAUCACCUUCUCAGGAGGGCCGUGGAGCCCGUAGGCAGCCUGUGUAGAUCUCCUGUGAUCAGAGCGGAUCACGCGUCAGACUGCCACUAGGUUUUCAGCUGCUGCUUCAUAGGUCUCACAACGGUUGGUUGCAUCUUUUUAAUUUAUUUGAAGUGCUGUUCUUUUUGAAAACACACCCUGACAUGCUCACGACGUGCUCUCUGCUCUCGUGAGUGUGAUAGCUGUUGACUGUUGAAAAGGCAGGCAGCGAACGGGAAGGAAUCGGAGCACAGCUCAGGUGUGGUCUGUGCUCACGCAGUGCUGUACAUAUCUUGUUCAUGUUACAAAAAUCUAAAGCUGAAGAAGGCUCUUCCCAGUUAGGUGACUUGGCAGGAAAGCUGCCUCUCUACCCUCAAAGUUUUCCUUUCCUAACUUGCUGACUUUUCUAACUUGCUGUCGUUGCUGCGUCAGAUUACAAACAGAGGAGAUAAUGUUCUAGAAGGGAACAAACACCCAAAUAUUUUUGUCUCCCUUCUGUAAUCUGCCCGGAGAGGUUUUACACCUUCAGCUGGAGUCUGCCUGCUGUGAAACACAAGCCUGUUGUCCCCAGUGUGCCCCCUUUCCCCCCUGCGUUGAAGGAAGACUGAAAACACACACAAAAAGCGCAGCACUUGAACAUGUGGCAGCCAGGUUGGAGCGUUCCUAACAUGUGGCAGGAGCUCGUAGCCAGAAAAAUUUAAAGAUGCAGUGUUCUCGGCAGAGAGCUGAGCCGUACACUACUUCAAUCCAAGGUGUUUAAAAAACCAAACGGUCGUGUGCACGCUUCCGAACCCGACACCCAGACCACCGUGUUGUGGACUGUUCUCGGUGCGGCACCUCUGGGAUCAAUCCUGCAGCUCCAGCAGCGCGUGGGCUGCUUUUGGGGGGCGCUCGGUACCUGAAUGCUGCUCUCUUGGUAAGCAACGUUCUCCAUCUCGCGCUUUUUUGAGAGAACUAGCACGUGUCUGCCUUAUUUGUAAGCCAUCAUCUGCAAACAUCACGCUUACCCUGUUCAGGAACUCGUGGUUAACUGAAAAUUGCAGGAGUCUGUUGAAAUUGAGCAAUGGACCUGGAAAGCGUGGAACUCUGCUUUGAUUUUUAUUACUAUUUUUUGUAGUGACUCUUGGGCUUUUAAUUGGAUGUAUUCACUUGCAGCUGCGUUAGGGUGGUCUCUAAACUGUAGUGUUUAAACAAAGAAAAGAAAUACUGCAUCUUUAAAUGCUCAGCCAUCAUUUCUUAGCCCUUUCCAUCGCUGCUGGUCUCUUCCAGAAGUUAACUGUUUAGCAAGCAGUGAUUCAACGUGUCUAUCCAGCCUCUGUCGGGCAAAAUCAGGGUUGAUGCUUCGUCCUGUUUGCUGAAACGGAUGAUUUGGUGUCCGUCCACAUCGGGGAGAAUUCUAAAAGGGUUUUUUGUAUCCCAGCCCCGUUGUUUCUUGGACAUACAGUGUGUGCUAUCUCUGUGGGUGUGAUUAGUUUUGUGUCAGACGCAUUUAUUCCUGCUGUGUGACACCCAUUCAGGGGCCGUGGGACCGCGUUGGCCCUUCCUGGGGCUGACAGCAGUGAAGAACCCUGGUAGAAUUCUAGCUGCGACACCUUCCUUGUUAAUAUGGGUUUCACUUCCAAUAACAGACCCUAUUGCCACACUGUUCAUUUACUUAAAGAAAAGUGUAUGAAGAAUUUGUAACUUAAACCAGGCCAGACUGUUUUGGCUCUACCCAACAGAUGAGACAUGGAUAUUAAAAUAAGUUUUAAGAAACUGA